GUUCACAGUGUGUCCUCGUGUUUGAAAUAACUUGAAGUCAAUUAGAAUAUUGAAUCUUCUUUUUCCACACCUGCGUUUGGUAACUAACCCCCUCAACACCGUGCAUUACAAAGGGACCACCGGCUUCAGUGGACGAGCUAGGGACACAGCAGAUUUGCGGGGGAGGGGGCACCUUCUUGGUUGCCGCGUGUCAGGACAUGUACUCUUUGCCCUAGCGAGCCUAGCACAGCCGCCUUCAGGUACUUGUCCCCUAGCUCUGGGCGGGGCACGGUCGAAUGAUUGGGGAUGGUGACAGUUUCAAGUUCCACUGUUCCACUCCGCCAUGGAGUGACCGACCCCCUUUCCCACCACGUUCCGUCGAGUCCGUUGCUGCUUCUAAACAUCUGACUUGUCUUUCUUCAUCUCUCUCGUUUUUCAAACUAACCAUCUUCAUCGUCAUCACCACCAAUCCACACAACAACCACCACCACCACUACCACCAUCAUGUCUACCGGCCAGAUCCCCCCCGGAGGUACCUACCUCAACACCCUCAAGCGUUCCUUCACCGACGUCCCCGUCCAGGCCGACAAUGGGAAUGCCAUUCCCACCACCGAGUUCCUCGAGGCUGCCGAGUCGCUAGUCUCCAUCUUCGAUGUGCUCGGCUCUGCCGCCUUCUCCCCCGUCAAGAGCGACAUGCUCGGCAAUGUCGAGAAAAUCCGCCAGCGUUUUCUUGCCGCCCCUACCGAGUCCGAGACUCUCCAGGACCUUGUUAACAAUGAGCAAAAGGCCAAGGAAAACAAGGCCGGCCAGGCCCUGCUCUGGCUCGUCAGGGGUCUCGAGUUCACUUGCAAAGGUCUUGCCAACAAUGUCGCCGCUGCUGACCAGGAGCUUUCUACCUCGUUCCGCGCUGCCUACGAUGUCACCCUCAAGCCCCACCACAGCUUCCUCAUCAAGCCCAUCUUCAGCGCCGCCAUGAGCGCUUGCCCUUACCGCAAGGACUUCUACACCAAGCUCGGUGACGACCAGGACAAGGUCAACGCUCAGCUCAAGGAGUACCUCGCAGCUCUCGAGAACUUUGUCAACAUCCUCAAGGCCUUCCUCGACAGCAAGGGCAUCAAGAAAUAGACGAAUCAUGCCAAGACGACAUACACACGACGCGGCGGCAAGGCGGCACCACAUAUCAUUUUAUUACGAGCCAGCAUUCAUAUCCAUACCGAGAGGCGGAACUGGUUUCCCGUCCGACUCAGAGACGGGACGAUCACGGGCUAGAGGGGACUGGAGCACCAUAGCACCGCAGGCCUUUUUGUCUGUCAGUUGUCUUUAUCAUUAGUAGUAGUUAGUCCGCAUCGCGUUGCGUGGUGUCUGAUAUUGUUAAUGCCUAUUCUUGAAUAUCCAUU